AUGACUUCGAAACGCAUCAUCUUGUGUUUUGAUGGCACUUUUACCGAUACUGGGGAUACCUCCGAGAGACUGAAACCAGGAAGCUACGUAUCCCGAAUCUGUCGCUGGAUCCUUCCUCCAAUCCUGUGGCAAUUGCUCUGGGUUCUUCGCUUCUUCGCCGUAUUCAAAUGGAUCGAGCAGCAUAUAUUACUGCCAAGGCCCAAGGCUCCAGGCUCGACAAAUGUGUCAAUCUUGGCCAGAUCAAUUAAGACAGCUGGAACGAGAGUAAGCGACAAUGGCUCAAUAGAGUCAAUUCAUCAAUUAACCCUCUAUGUUGGGGGCAUCGGAGCCCUCGGGAACCCCCAGAGCAGAGUUGAGGAGGCGGUCACCGGAAACACAAUGACGUACAAAGUGCGGACUGGCUAUCGAUUUCUGGUUGAGAAUUACUGUCCCGGCGACGAAGUAUUUCUCUUCGGCUUCUCUCGCGGAGCAUUCGCAGCUCGUGCAAUUGCGGACUUUAUCAGUUGCAGGGGGAUAACCAGGAAACAUACUAUGGAUAAUUUCGACUUGUCUUGGCAGCGGUUCGUUGAAGAACGGAAGAUGAGAGUCAAUGUACAAUGUCGGGAAGAGACAGGUGGCACUCACCGAAAUCCCCCGAUCCGAUGUAUCGGUGUAUGGGAUACCGUGGGCUCCCUCGGAGCUCCUCCCCUGUUCUUCCACCAUCGUGACGAUAUCUCUACGGCUCGUUCUGCCCAUAGAAGAAGUGGGCAUUUUGACGUCAGCCUGAGGCCGAAUGCUGAAUAUGCUUUUCAGGCACUUGCACUAGACGAACGCAGAUUCGACUUUUAUCCAGCCCCUUGGGCCUUUCAAGCAGAGAACGAAGUAAGAUUUGCACAGACUUGGUUCCCAGGCGUGCAUGCGGACAUCGGUGGUGGUAGCUCUGGUGAUCUGAGCGACUUUGCAUUUGUCUGGAUGGUCAGCAAGAUACAAGAGGACAAUCUCUUGGACCUGGAUGAAGAAUUUCUCCAAGCUGCUGUUUUACAGUCCUUGAAAGAGGGGAUAUCGCCUUGGUAUCGCACCAUUGGUCCUAGAGAUUACCUUGAUCGGCUCUCAACAUGGCUACGGAAUUUGCCGGCAUGGAUUACGGAUUGUUUCCGCGUCGCACACAGAAAUCCACACAUGCUUGCGACAAACAUCGAUCAAACGGAUACUAAAAGGGCUGAGGAGAAUAAGGAGAUCCUCGCGAAGGAACAGAAAUUCCAUUGGACCGUCGGAGAAAGGAUGAGGAAACAACAGCCGUCUUAUUGGGAAACUUGCCCCGCCCUGAAGAAGAGAUAUCCUUACGUCAACAAUGACCCAACUGAAGCCGAUAUUUUUGAACGUAUGGAAGUUCCUGUGGGUAAAGAUCUAGAGUUGUUCAGGUAUUUUACCACGCGCAACAGUUAA